UAUUAUUUGUGAAGUGCGCUUGACCAAUCGGAGCUGAUCAGGGCUGGAGAGUCCACCAACGAGAGUCUGCGGGAGGAGCUGCUCUUCAUCCGCGUGUGGAGGCGGCUCAAAGUCCGGCUGACCGUCGUGAGCUCCGUCAGUGCGCCUCUGUGCUCCUGGAUGGACUGCAGCAGUGUCUGAAACUCUCGGGCUGCGGGAAACCUCACUGAAGCAGCUGAAGCGGCGAUCAUGACGGAGGAGCAGGAGAAGUCCGGCGCGGAGCCGCCGUGCAGUCCAGCCGGCUCAUGCAGCUCCAUGUCCCCGGAGGAGUCCGACUCUGACGCGCCCGCAUCCCCCGCGGCGCUCAUGAUCACGAAGCUGGAGCGCGAGGACGAGCGCUUCCCCGUGUGCAUCCGGGACGCGGUGUCCCAGGUGCUGAAGGGCUACGACUGGUCCCUGGUGCCCAUGCCUGCGCGGGGCAGCGGCGCGAUCAAGAGCAAGCCGCACGUCAAGAGACCCAUGAACGCGUUCAUGGUGUGGGCUCAAGCCGCGCGCAGGAAACUGGCGGAUCAGUAUCCGCACCUGCACAACGCCGAGCUCAGCAAGACCCUCGGGAAACUCUGGAGGCUGUUGACGGAGAAUGAAAAGAGGCCGUUUGUGGAGGAAGCCGAAAGACUGAGAGUUCAGCACAAGAAAGAUCACCCGGAUUACAAAUACCAGCCGAGGCGACGAAAGAGUGUGAAGCCCGGUCAGAGCGAGCCUGAGCCCGGCGCAGAUCUGACCCCACACAUGUAUAAAGCUGAAGUUGGGAUGGGCCGAUUGCCGGGUCCAUCGGAUCACAUCACCGAUCAUACAGGCCAGCCUCAUGGACCCCCGACGCCCCCUACAACACCCAAAACGGACCUCCAUCACGGAGGAAAGCCAGACCCCAAGCAUGAAGGCAGACGUCUGCUUGACGGCACGCGACAGAACAUCGACUUCAGCAACGUUGACAUCUCAGAGCUCAGCACGGACGUCAUCAGCAACAUGGAGGCCUUCGACGUGCACGAGUUCGACCAGUACCUGCCUCCGAGCGGCCACGCCGGAGCCGCUCCAGACGGACAGAGCACCAGCUCCUACGCCUCGCCCUACAGCCACCCUGCCAGCAGCGGGGUCUCCUGGAGCCGCAAGGGGCCCGUGGCGUCCUCGCCGCCCGGCACGAGCGAAGCCAGCCAGCACAGAGCUCGCAUUAAAACUGAGCAGCUGAGCCCGAGCCACUACAGCGAGCACUCGCCCGAGUAUGCCGUUUACAGCACUCACGGGUCCUCGGCCGCCUCCGCCUCGUUCGCCAGCGACUAUACAGACCUUCAGAGCUCCGGCUACUACGGCCCAUACGCCAGCUACCCAUCCGGUCUCUACCAGUACCCCUACUUCCAUUCCUCACGGAGGCCAUACGGGAGUAACAUCCUCAACGGCCUGUCCAUCCCGCCCUCCCACAGUCCCUCCACCAGCUGGGAUCAGCCGGUUUACACCACAUUAUCCAGGCCGUGAGGCCCGGCACUCCAUGCUUUGUCCCUUACUAUUAUGAAAGAAGGUCACCGUGAUUUUGCCAAAUAAGACACAUUCCUGCAUGGGGUUGGGAAUCAAAAAGCAAUUCCGAUUCCAGAAUCUGAUAAUUAAGGUCAGGAAUCGUAUACUUCUGAUUUCAAUUGAAAUUCACCUUACCAAUUCCUGUGUGCACAUUUUUCUUUUUUGGGGCAAAAAGGGGCUGUUGAAAAUGUAGCUAUUUGUCUUUGAGUCAUUCAUUCAAGAGAUUCGUUCAAAACAAAAUCAAAAUCCAGUAAUGAAACAAGUGAAUCUUGAGUGAGUCGUUGAAUCGUUCCAUUCAUAAAUUAGAUUAGAUUUUGUUUAGUUGUCAUUUUUUUCUUCAGAAUUGUGAGAGAACUAAAAAACCCACUAAAUUUGUCCAGAAUCGUGCCGCUCUAUUUUGCACACAAACAGCUCUUAGUCGAGA